UAUUAUACGGGUACAAUUAUUCGAUCUUCUGGUGUUCGAGAUAUUCAGACAACUAUCUGGAUUUCUGUCUGCAUUUCAGCUGUAAACUUCUUUGCAACAUUCGUUCCACUGUAUGCUAUCGAAAGAAUCGGUAGGCGCGUAUUAUUACUGAUUUCAGUCGCAGGCAUUAUCGUUUCCUUAAUUUCAAUGGGUACUGCAUUUGUUAUCAUCAACAAUGAAUCUGCAAAAGUCAUGCCGUAUAAUAUAACAGCUCUUAAUAAUGAGUUGGGUCAUGGUGCAGCACGUUGCAAUCUUUACAGGUCCGGUAGUCAAUAUUUUAAAUUCAGCAAUUGCGAUUUUUGUGUCACUGAUGAACACUGUGGUUUCUGCGAGCCCAAGGAAGUACCAGGAGCAGGAAUUUGUGCGCCAUUUAGCAAAGUUGAUAACAAUUUUGCUUCCUAUGGACCGUGUUCAGCUGAAUUAAUUGAUUCGAAUCAUGAAUGGGCUGACAAUUAUUGUCAUACAAAAUAUACGAUCUUACCAAUUAUUGUAAUGCUUAUAUACCUUGUAUUUUUUGCGAUCGGCUUCGGGCCUUUACCAUGGGCACUGAAUGCAGAAUUUUAUCCAACUUGGGCUAGAGGGACGUGUGCUUUCUUCAUUUAUGCAGGUAUAACAUGUAUCACCUUCAUAUUUUCAUAUAUUUUUGUACCAGAAACGAAAGGAUAUAAUAUCGAAGAGAUUGAAAUGCUAUUUAUGUCGAAGAAAGAUCGUAAGAAAGUCACAUCGGCGCAACAAGCUUUUUGA